CUUUAUACUCUGGAUUCUGGCUAUUUAUAAUGAAUGAUACAUUGAAUUCAGAUAUCAUUGGUCGAAGAGUUGAAGUUAAUGGAGAACGAGCAACUGUACGCUUUUCUGGCAUUGUCCCUCCCGUGGCAGGACUCUGGUUAGGAAUAGAAUGGGAUAAUCCAGAGAGAGGAAAGCAUGAUGGAAGCCACGAAGGGACUGUAUAUUUUAAAUGCAGGCAUCCAACAGGAGGAUCCUUUAUUCGUCCAAACAAGGUGAAUUUUGGAGUAGACUUUCUUACUGCAGUUAAGAAUCGCUAUGGUUUAGAAGAUGGACCAGAGGAAGAUGGAAAGUCACACACUAUUACCAUUGGGAAGAAACCAGUGGAAACUGUUGGUUUUGACUCUGUUAAAAAAUUACAAAGUCAACUGAGCAAGUUGCAAGAAAUUUCUCUGGAGAACUGUAGAGUAAAUUGUGCAGGAGACAAAGGAGAAAUCGCCAAAACAUGCCCUAACAUCAGUGAGUUAAAUCUGUCGAAAAACCUGUUGGCAUCAUGGGAUGAAGUGGUCCGUAUUGCUGAUCAGCUGGAAUGUCUGGAAUCUCUUAAUCUCAGUGAAAAUAAACUCAGAUUUCCCUCUGGUCCACCAUCUCUAAUUGGAACAUUUUCAACACUGAAGAUUUUAGUCCUGAACCACACAGGAAUAACCUGGGCGAGGCCAACUGAUGUUCUACAGAUGGUCAAGGUACUAGAUCUCUCAUCUAAUCGAUUAAUUGAUGAAAGCCAGCUGUUUCUGAUAGCAUAUCUGCCCAGAUUAGAACAACUAAUCCUCUCUGACAUUGGAAUUUCUUCAAUGCAUUUUCCAGAUGUUGGAAUUGGGUGCAAAACGUCAAUGUUUCCUGCUCUGCAAUACCUUGUUGUAAAUGACAAUCAAAUAUCAGAGUGGUCAUUUUUCAAUGAGCUGGAUAAGUUACAGAGUCUGCAUUCUUUGUCCUGCAUGAGAAACCCCCUAAGUGAAGAAGGCAAAACAUCAGAGACCACUCGUCAGUACAUCAUCGCCAAAAUCGGUCAACUGAAAACCCUAAACAAAUGUGAGAUUCUUCCAGAGGAAAGGAGGGGAGCUGAGCUUGAUUACCGAAAGAAUUUUGGAAACAAAUGGAAAAAGGCUGGUGGACAUCAAAAUCCAGAAAUAAACAGACCAAAUGAAGAAUUUCUUACAGCUCAUCCUAGAUACCAGCUGCUCUGUCUAAAAUAUGGUGCACCUGAAGAUGGAGAACUCAACACACCACAACCAUUCCUGCUCAGAAACCAACUAUUAACAUUGAAGAUAAAAUAUCCUAACCAACUUGAUCAAAGUGACAUAGAAAAACAGUUGCCAGAUUCCAUGACAAUUCAAAAGGUGAAAGGAUUGCUGUCACGUCUUCUCAAAGUUCCUGUGUCAGAACUUCUGUUGUCCUAUGAGAGUCCCAAAAUGCCGGGCAAAGAGAUUGAACUGAAAAAUGAUCAAAAGUCAUUAAAUUUUUACUCUGUAGAAAAUGGAGAUUGCCUUUUAGUGCGAUGGUAAUACACAACUAAGAAAAUUUAGAGACUAGACUUGUCAUGACUGGAAUUCCAUAAAAAUACAUGAUUGAUUAGAACAAUUAUAUGGUCAGAAUACUAAGUGAAGCUUUAUAUCUUGUCCGAUGUAAAAAAAAGGCAGUGUUUUUCACUGGAAAUAAACAACUUCUAGGUAUGUAUAUAAAUAGCAAUAAUAAAGGAUUUCAAACUAAAAAAAAAAUAAAAAAUAAAA